AACAGUUAUAUAUUGUUUUAAUUUUUUUAUUAUAUUUUUAUCUCUCGGAGAUCGUACGGACGAACGUGCUUCGGGAGAGGAGAAAGAAGACGCCGUCGGAUCUGGUUUUCGUCGGUGAUCCAUGGAGUAGAUGAAGAGAUUUCACGAUCUGAAAAUGAAGUUUCUGUACAGAUGAUUUGCUCUGAGUCUUGAUCUGUAGAAUCGGUUUCGUUUUCGCGUGAACUGCGAGAAGAAAUUCCUUCUCAGGGAUUUUUUUUUUUCACGUUCGGGGAUUUCUGGGUUUUGCGUGAUCGCGAUCCAAAACCAUGAAGAAAAAGCUCGAUACUCGCUUCCCAGCUGCUCGUAUUAAGAAGAUAAUGCAAGCUGAUGAGGAUGUUGGGAAGAUAGCACUAGCGGUGCCCGUCUUAGUUUCAAAAGCUUUGGAAUUGUUCUUGCAAGACCUCUGCGACCGUACCUACGAGAUUACCCUCGAGAGAGGAGCCAAGACUGUGAGCUCAUUGCACUUAAAACACUGUGUGGAAAGAUAUAAUGUAUUUGAUUUUCUGAGGGAAGUUGUCAGCAAGGUUCCUGACUAUGGCCAUGGACAUGGUCAUGGUCAUGGUCAUUCGGAUGCAAACAUGGAUGAGCGGAGCAUCUCUAAGAGAAGGAAACCCACUGGUGAUGAAGACAGUGACGAGGAAUUGAAGAAAAGCAGAAUGGAGAUAGGACAUGCCGGGCCGAGCGGAAGAGGCAGAGGAAGGGGACGUGGAAGGGGUCGAGGACGAGGUGCAAGAACAGCAGAAAGAGAGCAUCUCAACCGCGAGAUGGAAGUUGAACCUCCAUCCAUAUCAUUCCCACCUCCUGAAGACACUACCAAGACACUUAUACCGCCAAUACCGCUAUUGCUACCACAAGACAGCAGCGAGAAGAAGGAUUCGGACGGGGUUCCACCAGCAGAAGAUGGGUCUUCCCAGCCGAAACCACAGCUGCAAAGUCCAAAGGGAAGUCAGGAAACUAACACGGGGCUUAGAACCUUCGACCUGAACGCAGAAUCAUCGGUAGACAACAACGAGACAAAGCAGCAGACGGGCGAGGAGAUGAAACCCGAGGAAUAUCCAGGUUGGUCCAUAUCGGAAAUGGGAAAAAUCGAUCCGAUGCAGCUUGCAAGAAUGGGGAAAAGAUUAGAUGAGGAUGAAGAAGAUUACGACGAAGAAGGUUGAGAGAGAAACUGAGACACAACCAUUGAUGUUUUGGUAGUAAGAAACGUCAUUAGGGUUAAAAAUAGAGUAGCAAGCUCUUAACAGCAAUGUGUCUCUCUGGUUGGUUGUCUCUCUCUAAAUCUUCGUUUCCUUUGGUUGUUUUUUUUUCUACGAAAAAAAAAGGUUCUAGGCUUUUAACACGUAUGCAUCAAACAUUUGGUGAGAGUUAACAAAAAACGAUCAAUCCUCCUCCAAUCCAAGCUUAUGAAUGUGCACAAGAGAAAGUUUGUAAUCUU